AUAAAUUUGAAAGGAAUCAUGGUACAAAUAUUUAUAGUAAUUCAUUUAAGAUUAGAUUCAUUUUGUUAUAGAAUAGACAAGGGAAGACAAGAUUGUCAAAAUGGUAUGUGUAUUAUGACGAUGCUGAGAAAGUGAAAUUAUAGAAUGAAGUUCAUCGAUUAAUAGUUUGUAGAGAUACAAAACAUACUAAUUUUUUGGAAGUACUUAGUAUAUGAUUGUAAAUAGUUUAGGAAUUACAAAAUUAUCUAUAAAAGAUAUGCAGGAUUGUUUUUUGCUUUAUGUGUAGAUGUGAGUGACAAUGAAUUGACAAUGCUAGAAUUGAUACAUUUAUAUGUAGAAGUAUUAGACAAAUAUUUUGGAAAUGUUUGCGAAUUGGAUAUNAAUUAAUAUUAACAAAAAAAGAAUUUGAUCCUAAUUAAUGGAGUCUAAGAAAUUUUGAAAUGGGUAGAUAUUUAGGAAAUGGUAAAUUUGGUCAUGUUUAUUUAGCGAGGUAAAUGAUAAUUUUAUAUCAUAAUAGGGAGCGUGAAAGUAAAUUUAUUUUAGCUUUGAAAGUAAUAAGCAAAAGAUAAUUAAAUCUCUGUUAAUUAACAGGAUCUCUGACUAGAGAAGUUGAAAUACUGACACAUCUUAAACAUCCUAAUAUUAUUAAUUUUUAUGGUUUUUUUUAAACAGAAAAACGUGUAUAUU